AAUUCUUCAUGUCUUUUUCUUUAAUGAAGGUUAGUGUUUCUUCUUUCAUGAAGGAUGUCAGGUGGGCCCAUGAGCUCCGCACGCAGUCGGGGGACAGCAAGGAGACGAGCACAAUCUGAUGCUGUAGAUUUAGGAUGUUCGAGUACCCCAAUAAUGGAGCCACGUCCAGCACAGUCUAUUAGUCCACAGGCAUCAAUUCAUGUUGCAGUUUCAGGAAAUCGAGAGGGCAAGAAGGGAAGAGGGCCCAACAAAGCUAAGAAAGGUCCAAAAACACCUGAUGAGAGACCACUGAUACAACUUUCACCCAAUAGACAAUUCUUGGAUGUAGAAGUGCCAAGAUUGAUUACAACCUUGUGGAAGAGGUUCUAUGAUGGUGAUUACUUCACCUAUGAGCUGUUUCCAGAAGAAAAACGGGUGCAAGUGUGGGAGCAAUUUAAGGCACAUUAUAAAUGGCCUGUGCAAGAAGAGGAUGCAGUGAGGAAGGCUUUCUUAAGCUCAAUGAAGAAAAGAUGGAGUGACAACAUGAAGGAUGAGCGGGACAAAUGGAGGAAAAACAGUGACUACAAACCGAUAUGGGUGCCAGAUCACCUAUGGCCAAACCUAUGCACUUACUGGGAUUCUCCUGAGUUUGCUAGUCUCAGUGGUAGGGGGAAAAAAAAUCGUGGAUCUGGUGACAGGGUGACGCACACAAUAGGAUCUGUGAGUUUUGAUGUGCACGAAGAAAGGAUGACCAAAGCUGUUGGGGGGGUGAGACCGGGACAUCAAGACCUAUACAGGGAAACACAUACAAUGCGAAAAGGUGUCUCCCGAGGUGAGGAAGCUCCAUGGUGUGGCGAAAAACAUAAAGCUCGUCAUGAUACAUAUGUUGUUGAGUGCUCUAUUACACAUGGGUCAGACUCAGCUUCAUGGCCACCAAGAGAUAAUGAUGCAUGGGCAAAUGCUGUUGGGGGAUGUCAUACCAACUUCAUGCCCGGGAUUGGGUCACAGGUCAAUCCAGAGGAUAUUGGAUUUACCUAUAGAAAACGAGGGCCAGGAAAGAAUUCAUAUAUGAGUUUGAUGAUAUCUGACCUUGCUGAAAAACAAGCACAGGAUCGGGAGACAAUGGAGGCAAUGAGGACGGAAAUAGACCAUGUGAAGGAGGAAAGAGAAGUUAUGAAACGCAUGAUGGAAGAGAUGGGCAGGAUGCAAUCAUGUUUGUCACAACAAUUUGCUACUUUUAAUGCAUAUGGGAUGCGCCCCCCUAUGGUUGGCCCAUCAUUUCCUCCUACUGGGCAAGCAUUUCCUCCUAUUGGGCAAGCAUUUCCUCCUAUUGGGACAUCAUGUCCUCCUGCUGGGCCAUCAUUUUAGCAUGAUAUGUCAAUGCAGCUCCCAAUGGAGCAUGGAAUCCCCAUGGGCAAUGUAGGGAGACAGUCAGAAGCAGUUGAUACAUCCCCAAUCAAUCCUCCACAUGAUGAUUAUGUUUACCACCGAGAUUUGAUGCAGAUUAUCCGGGUCCAUUUGGGUUGGAAUGAUGGUUGUGAAAGAGGUUGUGAACUUAGAACUUGUUAUGUUGUUGAUUUUUCAUGGAACUACUUUCGGUUUAUCGAUGGAUGAUUUUAAUUUGUUUGGACAUUGGUCUGUAUGUCACUUUGGAGUGAAUUUUUUACAGUAAUAUUAACUAAAUUUCUCUAAGUUAUAGGCUUAUAAUAAAUGGUAGUCAUAUUA